AUGGAUUCAGCAAAAGAAAGCUUUAAAAACCUUGUUUCAGUCAUAGAUUCGCAAUCCUCUUUUAAAACAAUCAUUACUAAGCCAGAAAAAUCGAGUCUUCUUUUAGAAUAUUUUGUUAAGAUAAUUCAUGAAUACGAAUUACCAGAAAUGGAUGAUGAAACACAGACUCAUUUACUAAAUUUCAUUAGAUUAUAUACAGACUUAGAAGAAUCAAAUUUCCGUAGAGAUUCAUUUGCUAUCUGUUGUAAAAUGCUUCCAUUUUUCUAUGAAUCGAUGAAGAGACCAGAGAGUUAUCAAAUACUAUCGAAUUUCAUGUUCAUUUCCGAUAAUAUCGAUUAUUCUAGGACAUUAUUAUAUGUAGAGAGACUAUUUGGAGUGAUGCUAUACAUGACAAACUACAAUUUAGCAUACUUUUGGAAUUUUUUAUUCGAAAAUGUCUUCAAUCGCUUCUUUUUAUACGAAACAGAUAGCAUAAAAGGUGAUGACAUGAAACAUAAUGACAAAUGGAACCAGUCUUACUUGCUUCAAGCCAAUGCUUACAUAGGAAAAUUUAUUUUCGAAUUAAUGGAAGUACAGCAUCAAUUUAAACCAUUUCUUACUGAAAACAAGUACGUGCUGAUGGGAUUGAUCAAGUUUUCAAUGGAUUUGGCCCCAGAUCAACUCCUAAAAAUUUUAGGAUCGUAUUUUCAAUCAAAUUUGAUCUGUUCGAACCAGCAAUUCACAGAACUACAAGGAAUGGAGCGCUUUAUACCCGCGGCUUACGUUUGUAACUACGAUUCUUCGGUCAAUACAAUUUUACUUAACAUCAUCAACGCUCUUCCGAUAGAAUACAUUGCUACGAUCCUGAUGUUGCUUAUAAGACUUAUAAAUUCAAGAAUUCCGAAAAGUGACAUUAUGCGACCAAUUAAAACCGUAGUUGUUGUUCAUUGCAUGUGCAAUCAGAUCAUUGCCAACUACAGUAAGAAGGAGGAGCUUCUUCUGCUCGCAAUUCCCCAGAUUUUGCAAUUAAAAACUACACAAACGCAGUUGAUUCUUUUUUACUGUUUGGUCGAUUCAAAACUGGUCUCAGAAAAAGUAAUUUCAGAAUUUUGGAACUCAGAAUUUCUUCAAGAAGAUUUCAAAAUAAUUUUAGCUCAAUUACUGACAAUGCACAUGUUUCCUGAACUGUUAUCAAUAGAUCUGUCUAAACUAAUAGCUUUCUCAAAGACUUAUGGCUCUACAAGUCAAAAAGCUCGAGAUCGAAAAUUAUCUCCAAUUUUCUUGGAAAAAUUGAGUUUAAUGGAAACAGAUCCAACAAUAUUCCUUACUACAGCAUUCCAAUGGUCUGGAUACUCUACAAAGUUCUUUAUUCCUUCUUCUUUAAGAUUAAACUGGAAUUCUGAACAAAAACUCAAGUUAUUCAAUGACAUAUUGGACCAUGCAAUUGUCAAUAAGGAUGUAACUUAUUUAAAGUAUGUUGUGAACGCUUUAACUGAAAUAAUUUACAAUAUUCCUUAUGAAUUUGAAUUUUCAAUGCAAUUAGUGUACGACAAGAUCCUACCAAUUUUGGAUAUUAAUGAAAUCGACGUUAGCUUCGCUUAUUCCCUUUUCAGAGCGAAUACCAAAUUAUUAGACUCACAUUGGGACAAAUUUGUUAAAAGAAUGAUUCAGAAAUUAUCAAGAGAUCUUACAGAUAUUGAUUUGCUGCUGUACAUCUCCGAAAACUUAAGUCUUCUUGAAACAAAAUUGAAAUCAAAAGAAAUUAUAAAUUUGAUUGUCAUAAAUCUUGAAAGAAUCAAGAAUGUAACAGUCAACCAUCAACAAGCCAUCUCUAUUUGUGCUUUAAUGACCUCCAUUUACUCAAUUUUGUUGAAUGAGAACAGUCCUGACCGUUUUAAACCGAUUUCCUAUUUGGAUGACUUUUGUUUGGUCAACAAAAACAUGAAUCUGGUCCAAGAACAGGUUCUUGUCCAUUAUUUAUGCAUAAAUGACGUCGAAUUAGCGAAAUACGUCAAUUGUAACACACUUUUCGACCAAUUUACGGGUGCUCCUGAUGCUUAUUGGGCGUUUUUGCACAUGAUUCUUUCAGAUCAGACAAAUAUUGAAAAACCAUUCCCGGAUUUUUUGGAGAACGCCAUCAAAUUACUCAUUAAGAUCCUCAAGAUAUCACAAUUGACCUCCUUUUCUGAGUAUUUGUCCUCUCUUUGCGUAGAUAUCAUAAUAAAAUCGAUAAAUUUAUAUGAAAUCUUCGAAAAAGAGGCUCCAAACUUCGUGAAUAAUGAUAUUGUGAUGAUAAUAAGAGAUACUGUUCUCUCAAAGUACACAGAUUGUGAAAAAAGUGGAUUUCCAAAUCAUAAGAAUCCACAAUACGAAAUUUUCGAAGACAAAUUUGCUCUUUGUGAGAAAAACAACGAUGAUACAUUUUCUGUUUCCACGAAACAUGCAAUUUCUGCUUCAUCUUAUAAAUUACACUUUGAUGAUGCCAAAGAAUCCGAAAACAGCACGGAAACAGAGGUAAAAACUCAUGAUUUCUCACGCCUGACCAUUCCUAACUUCGACAAGUUCAUUUCCAAUUUUGCAGGAUAUCAACCAUCGAUUCCUCCGAAAUCUAUGAACUCCUCUUACAUCCCUACAACAUCUUUCCCACAAAUAAAGUUCCCUGAAGUCCAAGGAGCGAUUCCUCCUUCUUCAUCAGCUGAAAUAACGACAAUUCCGGAAUCCAAGCAAUGGAUUCCACAACAGAACAUUGGCUCGAUAUUUGGUGGAAUCAUUGAUACGAAGUUUACCAUUAGAGCACAAAAUAAAGCCUUGGAAAGAGAAUCAAGAGCACUUUUCGAAACUUUACAAAAACUGACAUGUAAAAUUGGCAUAAUUUAUGUCAAAAAAGGCAAAAUUUUACAAAGUGACAUCUUAGCAAUGGAAAACAAAGAUACUACUGAACAGUAUCAGAAAUUCUUAUCAGAAAUGGGCCAAAUUAUAUUUUUGAAGAAUUUCAAAUCUUAUUGUGGAAAAUUAGACACAAUUGAGAACAGAAACGGCGUCCAAUCACUGUAUUUCACUGAUAAAAGACUUGAAACAAUGUUCCAUGUCUCUACAAUGAUGCCAACUAAACAAGGAGACUCUCAACAAAUUCAAAAGAAGAAACACGUAGGAAAUGACAACUCUUUGGUAGUAUGGAAUGAAAAUAUCGAUAUACCAUGGAACACGGCAACGAUCGUUUCCCAGUUUAAUGAUCACCAUGUUGUUGUUUUUCCUUUAUCUGAUUCAUUGUAUUUUGUUGACGUAAGGAAGAAAUCAGAUGCAUUGGAAACAGGCCCUAUUAGACAUCCUGUGAUACUUCAUCACAGUAGCUGCCCUGCUUUAGUGAGAUGGACAGCAAUUUUAUCAGAUUUUUUGGUUAGAGGUUUUUCGAAUCCUUUGGAUUCACCUCACCAAAAGGUUCUAUUGCAGUUAUCAAGUAUGGUAACUCUGAUAGAUAAAAAUUAG